AUGCUGCUCCUGCUCCUGUCCUCCCCCCAGCUGCUGGUGCUGGUGCUGGUGCUGGUGCUGUUCUACUUUCAAGAGCUCUCCGCAGCGAGCGCAUACCAGGACUACCAUCUCAAGGCUGCAUAUGAGCAUCAGCAAGUUUCAUCGCAAGCCAGCCCGACAGCCGCAGUUGAUGUUCAAGUUAAGGAGCUCCGGCUGAAGAACGAGAAGUUGCUGGAGACUGAGAAGAUGAUGGAGCACUACGUGGAUUCUCUUCACGAGCAGGAGGAGAAACUGAGGGAGCAUCUGAAUCAAGAAGUCGAACAACUCACAAGGAAGGUGGAGCAAGAGGAGAAGCUGCGGGAAGAGGAGGAGAGGAGGAGGGAGGAAGUGGAGAGAGAGAGAGAUCAGCUGGCAAUGAAGUUGGCUGAGGUGAAGAGAGAGAGUGAGAGGCUCAAGUCUGGAGACGACACUAGCACAGGGAGGGCAGAGAUCGGUCAACAUGCAAAGGAGAACAAAGUUCUAAGCUCGUCGAUCCAAGAGGAGCUGGAUACUUUGAGAUCCGAGAAUGCAAAGCUGCUAAAAGAAAUGCAAAAUCUGAAUUAUCUGUUAGACCUUUCACAGAAGACUGAAGGCGACAAAAUACAUCAGAUUGAGAUGCGGAAUGAACAACUUGAGAAGAAAUUACAGGAUACUAUACAGGAGCUUGAGAGCUUGAAGCUGAUUUCCAAAGAAAAUCAGAAAUUGGCAGAGAAGAUGAUAAAUUCCCCGAAAGAGGACAAAUCACCGGACCCCAGGUGUUGGAGUUGA